AGAGAAACUCCCCUUCUGUGCUUAUAUUGUUAAUUUUCAGUUGAUAUAAAUUAAUGAUUCGAGACCUUUCUUGACGUUGAUAAUCCAAUCUUGUAUUGUCUUAUAAACGAGCGAUGUUAUUCCAAUCUUGUAUUUUAUUGCAAUUUUUUUUGUUUAUUGCAUCAGAGAAUCCUGCAAUGUUUCAAGGGGUGUCUCGCAUAAAAGAAAAUGUCAUUGCUCAAUUCUCUGAGAGCAACAGUAUAUUUUGUGAGCUUCAGUGCGCUGUACACCGCUUUUGUGUCGCGUAUAAUUACAAGAAGAAAGUUGAUGAAAAAGAGUUGAAUUGUCAGCUAACUAACACAACAGAGCAUAAAUUUGACGAGGAUAAAGUUGCCAAGGAAGAGCAAGAGUGGACGUUCUACGAGAUUAACGUAGACAGAAGUCACUUUGCAACCUGCAGGAAAGAAGUGAAUGAAUGUCAUAAUGGCGGCGCCAUGAUUUGGGAUCCGAAAAAGAAGUUCACCUGUAAAUGUUUAAAGUGUUAUAAUGGGCAGUUUUGUGAAAACGUGCAUGAGAUGGCUCUUGGAAUGGAGAAUGGUAGCAUUCGUGACAAGCAGAUCACCGCGUCGGGGGAAUGGGAUACAAAACACCCUGUUGCUAAUGGAAGACUGAAUUUAAUACCACCUCCUGGUCAAUCAGGGGCAUGGUCAUCACGGUACAAUAAUCUUAGUCAGUGGCUUCAGGUUGAUUUUCAAAGAUCUACUCUGGUGACAGGAAUCAGUACCCAAGGACGCCACAGCAGUGUUGCUAAUCAAUUUGUUAAGAGCUACACGAUCUCAUUCAGCAAAGACGGAAUAUAUUUCCAGAAUUAUAAGAAUGGGAAAGCAAUCAAGGAAUUCCAUGGUAACAGUGACCACAAUACUAUAGUCAGCCAGAUGGUUGUUCCUCAUAUUUCUGCUCGAUUCAUUCGCCUUCAUCCAACGGCUUGGAACAACCAUAUUUCAAUGAGAGUUGAAUUUUAUGGUUGUUAUGUAUAUUAAUUAUACAGCCUGGAAUGAGCACAUCAAGAAUCGAAUUUUAUGGCUGUUUUUUGAUAUAAUACCCUGUAAUUUUAACAUCGAUAGUUGUUGCAUUAAAAUUACACAGGAUUAGGAAGAUUGGAUGAUAAAAAAUGUAGCAAAAGCAGUAGUUCAGUUUAAUCCUUUCCCUUUCCGGAGGAUCAAGAGUUACAUUUUGCUGUUAAAUAUUUAAACUGAGAGAAACCAUAACAUACUAGCUGUUACACACCAGGCGAUAGACUAUAGUACUUCAAUACCAGGACCAUUAGCAAAAAAAGAUUAUUAAUAAUA